GGCACUGCAUUCCAUCCUAGGUGCGGCCGCCACCACUACCCCACCAGUGACCGUGGACUCUGAGGAUGGGAUAUUGUCCACGGCCGGAUCCUCGGACAUGUUAGCGGACGGGGAAGAUGAGGAAGGAGAAGAGGUGGACGAGGCAGUCGACAGCACUCACAACGCUGAUUUCCCCGACAGCCAGGAUCUCUUCAUCACCCUUACAGAGAUCCCCUACCAACCGUCCCCAGCCGUUACCCCGGACACAGAAUCUGGGGAAGGAUCAGCCACCCCAUCUGCGACUGUCUCACAACCUAGCCUGGCAUCACACUCCCAGAGGCUAGCGAGGAUUAGGCAGAGGAAGAAGAGGACACGGGAGGACAUGUUCUCAGAGCUUAUGGCCUGCUCCCGAGCCCAGGCAGCACAGCAGACCCAGUGGCGGGAGAACUUGUCCCAAAUGCAGCAAGCAAACAUGGAUCGGGAGGAGAGGUGGCGGCAGGAAGACCAGCAGGCGACUCAAACCCUGCUUGGACUACUGAGGGAGCAAACGGACACGCUCCGGCGCCUUGUGGAUGUUCUGCAGGAACAGAGGCAGGAGGACAGAGCCCCACUGCAGUCCAUCUCUAACCGCCCUCCCCCGCCACCAAGUCCCAUACCCCCCUCACCCAAAGUGCACAGAAGGAGAGGCGGCAGAGUCCACGCAAACUCUCACUCCACCCCUGCAGAGAGCUCUAGUAGCAGAAGGCUCUCAUUCCCCAAAAUUUGACAAGUUCUUUCCUUCCCGCCUGACACAAGCCCCCG